AUGUUAUUGUUUUUUUUAAUACUAUUAAUAAUUGUUAAAAUUUCUAUUCAAAAGGUAAAUGAUAAAGAGUGUGUUGUUCAUGAAGAUUGCCCCAGUAAUGGAGCUUAUUGUAAUGAAGGAUAUUGUAAAUGUUUAAAAACUUAUGUUGAAAUUGAUAAUCAUUGUUGGAAAUCUUUAAAUCCUGAAGAAUAUGGUUGUUUUUAUAAUGAACAAUGUAAUUCAGCAUGGCCUAAUGCUACAUGUACACUAUCAAAAUGUUCUUGUCCUGAUGGUGAAAUUUCAACAAAAACACGAUAUGGUUAUGUUUGUCAUAAAAAAAUGCAUUGCCCUUUUAAUGGUGAUAUGGAUAUUUUAUAUGAAGGUGGUAUUAAUAUACCUUCAAAAUGUAAAAUAAUAUCAUUACCAUAUAAUAAAUUAUUACAAAAUAAAUUUUCACAAUUUAUUAAUGAAAGUAAAUUACAAUAUUUGGGAUGUGAUACAAAUCAAAAAAUGUAUGAUUGUAUUGAUGAAAAAUGUUGUCCUUCUCCAGAAUUAACUUGUACACAACCAUUAGAUUAUGGUUUCUCUGACAAUUCACCUCCUGUUGAACGGUAUUAUUAUCAUAAAAUUACAGGAUCAUGUCAAAAAUUUUAUUUUAAAGGAAAUGGUGGCAAUUCAAAUAAUUUUAUUAAUAAAUUAACAUGUGAAAUUUAUUGUAAAAAUAUUGCUGUUAAAAGUAUAAGUUUAAAAAUUGGUUCAAAUUUUUUGUUUAAAGAAAAAAAGUUAAUAACUAAAGAAUUAUUAUGUAUGGAUAGAAGAGAGUUAUAUGAAUUUCAAUUAAAUUACAAAGAAAUGACAUUAUAUUCACAUGAUUGUGAAGAAUUUUGUUUUCCAUUACUAUGUCCUAAUGGAAAACCUUUAAGAAUUGAUGGUGUUGGUAAUAUUAAAUGUUCAACAAACAAAAAUUGUCCUGAUUCAUAUUUUUGUUAUGAUAAAUUAUGUUGUCCAACACCUACAGCAAUAUGUAAUCAAAAGAAAAUAGAAGGAUCUAAAUGUUUAAUAAAUUCAAUAAAAAGAUAUUUUUAUAAUAUUGAUUCUGAAAGUUGUGAAGCAUUUUUAUAUAAUGGUUGCCAUAAAAAUGAUAAUAAUUUUGAAAAUAUUGAAGAUUGUAUUAAAACUUGUGAAAAUGUUGAAAAAGUUCGAAUAUGUCCCUAUGGAAAACCUUAUCAAUCAAGAGAAGGUGUUCCAUUAAAAUGUAAAAUUAAAUCAUCUUAUAAUCAUAAUACAAAUGACCAAAAAAAAAAUAUUUCUUCUAUAAAUUAUAUUGCAAAAAAAGUUGAAUAUAAUAAACUUAAUACAAUUAUGAAUUUAUCUUGCCCCAAAGAUUAUUAUUGUCAUAAUGAUUUUAAUUUAUCUGAAUAUCAAAUAUGUUGUCCAACACCAACUUUUACAUGUAAAUUACCGAUUGAUGAAGGAAUUUUUUGUCUACCAACACCUAUAAUAAAAUAUUUUUAUAACUUUGAAUUAAAACAAUGUUUACCUUUCUUGUUUCGUGGAUGUGGAGGAAAUUCAAAUAGAUUUAACACAAAAUAUGAAUGUUAUGAUUAUUGUGAAAAGAAUAAUUUUAUUGAUAAAGAUUUUUCAAGAGUAUAUAAAGAUACCACAAUAUCAAAUAUAAGAAGAAAAAAAAUAUCAAAAAAAUCAAAAUUACCAACUUUUGAAGAAAAAAUUUAUAAGUUAUUUUUUAAAAAAUAUUCUUCAUUAAUUAAUUUUUCAAAUUAA